UAAAAACCUAUAGACCUCUAGGUAGCCACACACGUGACUCACAGGUGGUAUUUAUCUGUAUUACAGAUUUUCAAUUAAAUUGCCAUCUCUGGAUGAGUUGUCCAGGUUUUAUCCCAGGGGCCUAAUAGAAAAUACUGUACUCCAUACUUGGAUCUCCUUUCACUGUAGAUUUUAGCAAACAGAUGCCACAGGGGAGGAACUCACUCACAUCACAGGGUGGAAGAAGUUUUCUUAAUACCAUUCCAUUCAAAUGCUAUCAUCAUAAUGAAACUCACAAUUGAAACUGCUAUUUGACUCACUAAAGGACAUUGUUUGACUCAUUAUUUGUACAGCAUGUAAAAAGGGCACAUUGAGUGAAACAUGAGCCAUAGAUAAUCCAUACACCACUGAAGAAGCGCAUCAACAGUUUAUGGCAAUUUAUCACACUAUAUUCAUUAAAGAAAAAGCAAUCUUGUCAGGUAUUCCUGAAAAAAGAACAAACGGGGUACAUGCCUGUGAUUUCAGCAAUGACAUCAUGACCAGUGAAGAUUCUCACAACAUAGGAUUCUACUUGAAUCGGAUGAAAACCCCUCGUAAAUUGCAUUUUGGCUCUCCAGAAUUCAUAGGAAAGUUGCAAGGGCUUAUAAAGACACUCACAAAAAUACCCAUUCUAAGAACUGAGGAUGAACAUGAGGCAGUGUAUAAGACAAUGAAAAUUAUACCCGACAUCAGUGCGCAACUUUCUGAGGCAGAGAUGAGGGAGCUCAGUAAAACUGUAAUAAGGGAAUACUGGGUGAAAGGAAGUACAGUGGAUGGAAGCAACGGAUUCUAUGCGAUACUCAAAGGCUCCGUAAAACCCCAGGCAAAACAAUACAAAAAAAUGAUUGGAGAUGAUUUGAUUUCAGCAUCAAUUCUAAAUUUUGCCUUCACUGAAACUAAGAUAUCCUGGUCAUUGCCACCAGAAGAAUCGCUCGGUGUAGGAUGUUGUUUUGGGACUUUGGUACCACUUCCUGGAAAGCGGCAACAUGGUAUGCUUACAGUAGUUACAGAAGAUAACUGUGACUUUCUCAAAAUCCCCUCUGUGGAUUAUUUAAGAAUAAAAGAGGAAACAGCAAAGCAUGAACAGCUUGCCAAAGAAGAAUUAAUUCGUGUCUCUCCAUAUUAUCAAACCUGGCCCAUGGUAUUUAUAUUUCAGCUGACUGCUCAGUUAAAAUGGAAAAAGUUUCCAGUAGAUCAUGUUUUUAUGAAAGGAGGAGAAAUCAGCCAAUACGUAGGAUUUAUUAAAUCUGGUUGUUGCAGUGCUUACCGAAUAAUCCCAGCCCUUGUGAAGAGACCUUUGGGGAAAAUGAUCAAACAGAUGAGACAAGUCCUCAUUGGCCAGCUGAAUCCAAAAGAGUCUUUUGGAGAAAUGAGCAUUCUUCUUCACAUCCCAGCUACGUAUACACUGAAAGCAGCAACACCUGUUGAACUGGGACUGAUCAAUGCUUCAGACAUACUCAAUUUAGAUCCAGUGAUUCAGAUGCUACUUCUACAAACAGUAAAGCCAUCAUUUGAAAAUUUCACAUAUGAUGAUCUCAAGCUUGCAUAUAUAAAAAAGCAGAUGGAAAAAGAAUGGAAGCACAAAAAGGAUAUGAUACUGAAAGAUGUAUUAUUCUACAACGGAAUUCAGCCUGGCAUUGGAAAAUGGCUCCACAAGAAGCGUAAUUUCGAUAAGAAUGAGAAAAAGCAUCAAGAACACUCCAAUGUUGUUAAAAGACCUAUGUAAAAUGACAUAAAAUUCAGUGA